AUGACCUUCGACUUCUAUAAAGCCUGGCUGAUCAAAGUCGACAACUUGGAGACGGCGUUUGGCAGGAAUAAGAUCGUCCUCGUGAUUGGUAAUGUUCCGUAUCACUGUAAACGACUUGAUCGCAUUCCCACGUCAGUGGAUACGAAGGAGACGCUGUCGACAUUUCGCAGCAUCACACACUGCUAUACAAAACAUCGUGGAGGAAGAGGAUAA